GCCUGCCCACCUCGAAGGCCUUUGGGACUCACGCGCGUAGACGACAGCUGGCUUUCUCUGCAGGCGGGCAGGCGUUCGCAACCAUGGGCUGUUGUAUCAAGGGCAAGAGCUCCUUGGCCGCCGGCUUGCUACAGAAUCAAGUGGCCAUCGUCACGGGCGGGGGCACGGGCAUCGGAAAGGCCAUCGUGACCGACCUCCUGCGUUUGGGCUGUAAUGUGGUCAUUGCAUCCCGUAAAUUUGAUAGAUUAAAAUCUGCUGCAGAUGAACUGAAGGCCAGCCUGCCCGCCAUCAACCAGUCUCAAAUCACUCCCAUACAAUGCAACAUCCGUAAGGAAGAGGAGGUGAAUAAUUUGAUCAAAUCCACCUUAGAUAUUUAUGGCAAGAUCAAUUACUUGGUAAACAAUGGAGGAGGCCAGUAUAUAUCUCCUGCUGAACAUAUCACUUCAAAGGGAUGGCAUGCUGUGAUUGAGACCAAUCUGUCAGGCACCUUCUACAUGUGCAAAGCAGGCAAGUGCCAUCAGAAGUCAAGCUGUCUGUUUAAAGAUCCUAGAGAAUUGCAUAGUGGAGCUGCCAGAGAAGGUGUUUACAACCUCACCAAAACCUUAGCUUUGGAAUGGGCCAGCAGUGGAAUAAGGAUCAACUGUGUUGCCCUGGGAGUCAUUUAUUCUCAGACUGCUUUGGAAAACUAUGGUCAUUUGGGAGAAGAAUUAUUUGCAAAAAGCUGUCAGGGAAUCCCAGCUAAAAGAAUUGGAGUUCCUGAGGAGGUGUCCCCCUUGGUGUGCUUCCUGCUAUCUCCAGCAGCUUCCUUCAUCACCGGGCAGCUAGUGGCCGUGGAUGGCGGCCAGUCUCUGUACAGCCAUAUGUGUGACAUACCAGAUCAUGACAACUGGCCUGAGGGAGCAGGGGACCUUUCGGUUGUUAAAAGGAUGAAAGAAUCUUUAAAGCAUGAAGCCAAGCUCUAACCUAAGGAAAGAAGGUCCCCAAAUGCCUUCAGCUUUGAGAAUGCACUUGUGUACUUUAUAGGAGUUUAUAAUUUACGUGGGAAAAAUCAUCUUCUGCUUUUUUAAUGUUAUCAAUUUUGACUAUGCAAAAUCUAUUCUUGAAAUACAUGCAUUUUUAAGUCCUAACCAAUGCGCUUUAGCCUGUGUUUAAAAAAAAAAUUAAGAGUAGAAAUUAACAUACUCUGUGAUUAUACUUUUUAUUUCUAAGAAAGGUGUUUGAAAGUGAAAUAAUUUCAAAUUAAUAACAGUAUCAUGAUCUCCCAAAAGAUUUGAACAUUUAAUUGUAAAGGUGGGCAAUAAAUCUAAAUUGUGGCAUCAUUAUGAUUCUGGCAAACAGAGUAAUACAGUGACUCAUUUUACCUGGCAAGUACUUUUGGAUCAAUAAAUCUUUAUGGUAAUUAUCGGUAUGUGGUUUGCUUUGUUUAGGAAGUCAAAUUUGUAUAAACUCUCUUAAUUCAAAAGGAAAAUAAAGUUAUAUAUAAUAUA